CGUUUUUCUGCUGCGCCUCAUGGCGCGCGCAGAUAUAAACCCGAGCGCGCACCGUGCGCUCAGAAGAACAAGAGGACACGGCACAGGAGGACGCGCAAAACUCUACUCAAACCCUUUGGAAAUAUGCAUCCUAACUUGGUGAGCUGGCUGGGGACCCUGGGGUUCCUGCUGUGGGCGCUGCUCUGCCUUGAAGCCUUGACGGAGGGGUACCCAGUGAAGCCAGAGAACCCUGGGGACGACGCUCCCGCGGAGGAGCUGGCCAAAUACUACUCAGCUCUGAGACACUACAUCAAUCUCAUCACAAGACAGAGGUAUGGGAAGAGGUCCAGUCCUGAGAUUCUGGACACACUGGUGUCAGAGCUGCUGUUAAAAGAAAGCAAAGACACACUUCCACAGUCAAGUUAUAACCCAUCAUUGUGGUGAUGAUAUCGCCAACGCCGGCCCUCACUGACCCUCACGCCUUCAAUAACUACUCUGACCUGCCACCCCGUCACUUGUCUGAGUGGUCGACCAUCCGUCCUUACAGAUCAACUAUACCGUCAGCACUGCUUAUUCACUGACACCUGCCAUUCAACUGUAAAUAACUUGUUCUGAUUCAAUUUCAGUGAAGGAGAAUUAAGGAGAUUGUAUUAUAUAGUUGUGUUAUUAAAGGCUCACUGUUUGAACCAAAGUUUGGACAAUUAUUGAUGACUAUUGCUCAAAGGGAAAAAAAAAAAUCAAGACAUUGCACUAUUGGGUCAUGUGUGUGGUAAUGGUGAGACCAAAGAGCACUGAUGGGCAUGGAUCCAGAUGACCAAAAGAGUAUUUUACCCCCUAAAAUAUACAUUAAAAAACAGAAUAUGUAAGUAGAAUUAAUAAAACAAUGCAAAAAUGCUUUGAAAAUGAAAAAAAUUUGACACCGUAUCAUGAUUUAGAGUAAUUGUAAAAUAGUUUUUAGGAAAAACCGGUGUUCAAAUACUCUUUGCCCUUCUUUAUGAAAGGUUCUUAACUGUCUCGCCUGAAGUGAAACUGUAUGAAAUAAAGUUAUUGCAAUAUU